UCUUUCUUCCUCCCCACCCCAACACUGAGAUUAUCUAAGCAAAAACGAAAAUUAAUUAAUUUUCUUUUCUCUUUUCCUUUUUAAAGGGAAAACCCAAAGCCAUGUCUCAUGGGUAUAAUCACGGCAAUAGGCAAGACGGCGAAAUCAGAAACAAUAUCCAAAAAUCCCACAAGAAAUUCAUCCCCAAAAAUAAAAACCAAAACCCUAAACCGACAUCCCUCUCAAAUUCCAUCAGGCAAUCCCUUCCCGAACAGCAUGAUGCCCCCGCUUCCAGCACUACCGCAGCCGUACCCGGUGGCUCUACCAGCAACCGUGUUCGGAUGGGAGAGAGUGGGGAUUGGGUUCCAAACACAGCAACUCCAUCCAGUCUCUCCAAUGGGAAUUUCGUAAAUUACUUGCCUCAAGAUGAAGCCGUGGCGGCGGGCCUCAGCGCGGGGGAUGGAGGAUUGGACCCAGUGGAAUCACAGAAAGUAGUUGAUCUCUUAAAUAGGGAGUUGUCCCGCUUGCUCAAGUUCAGUCCCAGAGAAUUCUGGAAACAAGUGGCUGGCGACACUUCUUUGCAUGAAUUUUUGGACAGUUUCUUGCAAUUUAGGAGCAGGUGGUAUGAUUUUCCUCAUCGCGCUGUCAAAGGAAUCGUUGCGGGGGUUAUCAUUGGAGAGUUUGAGCUAAGCCGCCGUAUCUUCAUGCUGUUGUAUCGAAUAUCUUCAAAUCGGGAUCCUGGUGCUCGAGCUGCCGAUAGUCUUAGUGCCAAUGACCAUGCCGUCAUCUUGCAGGAGAAGAAGUUGCUUGACUUGCCGAAGUUGUUGGACAUUUGUGCUAUCUACGGUCAUGAAAAUGGUGAUCUGACCAAAUUGCUGGUUGCAAAUGCUCUGAAAGCUCAACCUACAAUCCAUGAUAAUCUGACUGGGGUAUUGUCUCAUUUCUUGAGUAUAGUUUACACAAUGCAUGAACGCUGCAGCACAUCUUUGGAGGUCCUUCAGUCUUCUGGAAAUCAUGGAGAUCGUGGAUUUGAUCGACUUCAUUAUGACUUUUUAGAGGUGAUGGACUUUAUUAAUGAUGCCAUUGUAGCCAUGGAUGCUUUUGUUACUGCAUACCGACCUGCAGCUGUUUUUUUCUCUUGCCCUGUUGAAAUGAGUCAUGGAAAUGAAGAAUUGCUCACAACUCUUUCACGUCUGCAUGAUAAUUUACUUCCAUCUUUGCAGCGGGGUUUUCGAAGAAGUUCUAAAUCAGAAGAAUUCACAAAGCUAACAGAUAUUGCAAUAAGUUUGAAGAUGUUAUCUUUGAGAAUAGUCAAAUUUGGUUGGAAACUAUUAGAUAUUUGCUAUCUUAGUGAUGAAGUGUUUUUGGAUGCACAUCCCAUCCCAACUGUAACAAAGAUGUUUCCGGUCACGGUUGAAGAUCCAUUUAUAAGAGCAGAUAUUUUGGUUCAAACACUUAGGGAGAUAAAUGGAGUUUCACUGCAAUGUCAGGAGAACGAGAAACAAGAUUCUUUCCUUAAGAACCUUGAAAAGAAUUGCAAUCUAAUGAGGAAACUUGAGAAUUUGCAGAACACUGGGUGGAUAUUCAUGGAGGAUGAACAGUUUCAGUAUCUAUAUGGGAUUACAAUGUAUUCAACGAAGGGCAUCGCUAAAGAGCAAACCCCUAAACCCCCCAUACCAGCCUCUAUGACAAGCAAUAAUGCGCAGAUGGAUGAAGAUGCUGCAAUUGUGCAAUCAAAAAUCAGCCAAGUUAAAGAUAUCUUUCCUGAUUAUGGUAAAGGCUUUAUAGCUGUAUGCCUAGAAGUUUAUAACCAGAAUCCAGAAGAGGUUAUUCAGAGGAUUCUUGAGGGUACUCUUCAUGGAGAUCUGCAGGCCUUGGACACUUCCCUGGAGACAAUGCCGGAGCCCAAGUCUGCUUCAACCCUGACCAGGAAUGAUAAAGGGAAAGGGAAAAUGGUUGACAUUGUACCGGUAUCUUCAACUACAAAUGUACCAGUAGUUAACAGACAACCAGUUGAAGGUCCAUCUAUGUCAUCCUCAUCCACAGUUGGGAGGUUUAUUAGGAAGUCCAAAGAUGACUCACCUGAUUCUGCUACUCUUGAUGCCAGAGACAAGAAUGAUUCAUUAAGAAAAGUUUCUUUGAUUUCUCAGUACGAAUAUGAAGAUGAAUAUGACGACUCUUUCGAUGACCUAGGUCUAAGUGUUGCGGAGUCAGGGCUGGAGGAAAAUGAGAUGCUAAGCGACAAACUCAGCUUCAACUUUGGAAAGACCCAACCUGAAAGUUCUGGUCAAUCUGCGCCUAAUUCUAAGUGGGGCACAAGAAAGAAACCCCAAUACUAUGUGAAGGAUGGUAAGAAUUACAGUUAUAAGGUUGCAGGUUCAGUUGCAGUUGCAAAUGCUGAUGAAGCUUCAUUAGUAACCCAAGCUCAGGGGGAAAUGAUACAUGGCCUUGGACGGGGUGGCAACCUUCCUCUUGGUGCAGUUAAGAAGCUGAUGGGUCAUGAGGAGCAAACCAACCAACCUGAUGUUUCUGAGACGGGAGGGAGGGAACAUACGAGGAACGCUAGGGGAAGGGGAAGAGGAAGAGGGGGUGGAGGAGGAAGACAAAGAGAGUCUCAUGGUGAAAAAGAUAACCUAUCCGACAACACUGAAUCCGAAGAGAGAGGAAAUGCAGGAAAUCAGAGGGGCAGGGGAAGAAGGGGUGGUGGAAGACAUAAUAAUUACAGGAAGGAUAGAGCCAUGAAUAAGCACUUCUCAGGAUUGACUGGUUUAUAGACACUCAUGAGAGGGAGAGAGAGACCUUUUCCUUUUGAACCCUGUUUUAUACAGAACUUCUCCAAAAAUCUAUUUCAUCAUGCAGUUGAUAAUACAAUUUUCCAUGCAAGAUCA